AUGGCUAUCAAGGUUGUCAACUUUGUUAAAGGUGGAGCCUUAAACAGUCGCCUUUUCAAACUGUUGUCUAAAGAUAUGGAAUCUGAACAUGAAGCAUUGCUUUUUCACACGAACAUACAAUGGCUAUCAAAGGGGAACAUGCUUGGACGACUUUAUGAACUACGAGAAGAAGUAGCUAUAUUUCUAGAUUUGCAACAGAAGGCAGAUCUCCAUGACAAGUUCCAGUCUGAAGGCUUUCAGCUAUCUCUAGCUUACCUGGUGGACAUCUUCGAAGCGUUGAAUGCUUUCGACCUUAAACUACAAGAGAAAAACAUCAACAUUCUCAUGCACCACAACACCAUUCGAACCUUCAUGGCCAAACUCAACCUCUGGAAAUGUCAAAUUCAGUAG